CAUAUUUUUGGUUAAGACAAACGAGCAAAGACAGCUGCGUUAUAACAUAAAAGCGACCGUCAAAAACAAUAACCAAUUAAAAAAAUUAAUAUUAAAAAAAAAAAGAAAGAAAAGAAAGUAGCGUAGUGGCGCAAUUUCAUAAUUGUUAUAUCAUCAAUCAAUCAGCAUCUUCUUCCCAUCCUCUCCUUCCUUUCCUCCCUCAUGUAUUCCAAACAACCGAUUUUAAAUAAAAAUAAAAUUUGCUACAUUUAUAAAACACUUCGUAAAUUUAUAUAAAAUAAAUAUAUAAAAUCAUAUUUUAUCUGUGGCCAAAAACGUGGUUUUGCUUCAACUCUUUCAGACAAACUUUGAAUUGAUCCUUCCAAAUUAAAUUCCCCCAACCCCCCCCCCCCCCUCAAAAAAAAAAAAAGCAGACAUGAUAGCUUAUCUUCUCUGUUAAAAUGCUUAUGCAACCGCUUUUCCUCCCUAUUUUCUCCUUUUCUGUUUCAAUAUUUGAAUUCCCUUUUUAGGGUUUUAUUUUUUAUAGCAAAAUAAUAAUAAUUGGCCAGUCCUUUUUUUUUUUUAAAAAAAAUUUUGUGUGAAUCGGCAAUCCAUUGUCGGUUGUUGAUGGGUACGAAGGCAUGGCAAGCGAGGAUCCUAAUAUUAGUUUUCUGGUGGAGGCUAACGUCGGCCUUCUCCGUUCCCGUUAGUGUUCCGUUAUGUCCCAAGGUCUCCGUUUCCGACGCGAUCUUUGACUUUCGAGACUCCUCUUGUCCCAUUAACUCUGAUUUUACUGAAUCUAUUGAUUUCGUUGGUGUUACCGAGGGAGAUGAGGUUUUGCUGCAAAAGGCGCUUAACAUGGUUUACAAGAAUAGUCAUCAAUAUGUAGCAGUGCUUUUCUAUGCAUAUUGGUGCCCUUUUUCAAGGUCUUUUAGGCCAAGCUUCUCUUUCCUUUCUUCUUCCUAUCCUUCCAUUCCCCAUUUGGCCAUUGAAGAAUCAGCUGUCAGGCCAAGCAUACUCUCGAAGUAUGGAGUUCAUGGGUUUCCUACUCUUUUCCUUUUAAAUUCUACAAUGCGUGUGCGUUAUCAUGGAAACCGGUCUUUUAAAUCUCUCGGUGCAUUCUAUAGUGAUGUCACUGGCAUUAAGAACAAAUCUCUGGGUAAAACAUCACUGGACGAAAUUGGAAACUUGUCAAAUCAUGAGAAGCAUAAUAGCACCGAGCAGGAAAGCUGCCCAUUCUCAUGGGCAAGAUCUCCAGAGAAUUUACUUCGACAAGAGACCUAUUUGGCUCUUGCUACCACUUUUGUGCUUUUUAGAUUGCUUUACCUAUUGUAUCCAACUUUGCUUGUAUUUGCUCAGUUAACUUGGAGAUGGCUCAUUCGAAAUGUGAGGUUGAGGAGUUUGUUGGAACAUCCUUUGGCCUAUCUAAAACGAGCAAUUCAAUUGUUUAAUUCCCUGAAGGAACCUUGCAAGAGAAGCAAUUUGCAAGGUGCAAUGAAUGCAAGAGCAUGGGCCUCUAAAUCCCUUGCUACGGUUUCAAUCGGUGAUGGCAACACAAGCCGUGCUGUGCCAAUGACUGGAUGUCGCUGACUCUUUAGCUGGUGUGAGAUCGGUAUUUGUUUCCUACAAAAUGUUUGGCUGCAAUCUUUUGGAAGCAGGAGCCUUUUUGCUUCAGAUUUUUC